AUGGACUACACUGAAAGUGCAGAAGAUUGUAUGCACAGCAGAGGAGACGACUACAGAGGCAAGAUCUCCACCACUGAGAGUGGACACACCUGCCAACGCUGGGACUCUGAUCCACAAAAUGCAUUCAAGCCGUCAGCUUUUCCUGAGAAGAACUUGGAGGAGAACUAUUGUAGGAACCCUGAUGGAGAGCUCAGGCCCUGGUGCUAUUCCCCAAAUCCAUCCAAACGCUGGGAGUUCUGCUCUAUUCCUCGAUGCAGUAAGAUUCACUCCUGAACUGAAAUUGUACCAGAGCUCACCUGUAUGACUGGUGAUGGAAGCUCUUACAGGGGAACUAUUUCUGUGACCAGAUCAGGGGAAACUUGCCAGAAAUGGACAUCUCAAACUCCUCACAGGCAUAACAAAACUCCAGAGAACUAUCCGUUCAAAGGUCUUGUAGAGAACUACUGCAGGAACCCUGAUGAUGACAGAACACCCUGGUGUAUCACCACAGACCCUGAGACCCGCUGGGAAUACUGCAAUGUGCCCAGAUGUCAAGAAGACUGUAUGCACUGCACCGGAGACGACUACAGAGGCAAGAUCUCCUUCACUGAGAGUGGAUACACCUGCCAACGCUGGGACUCUCAGACACCACACCAACAUAAUUACAGUCCCUCAAUUUUACCUGAUAGGAACUUGGAGGAGAACUAUUGCAGGAACCCUGCUGGUGAGCCCAGACCCUGGUGUUAUACCACGGACCCAUCUAAACGCUGGCAGUACUGCUUCAUUGCUCGAUGCACGACUGAACCCCCCACAAUUGUACCAGAGCUCACCUGUACAACUGGAGAUGGAAGCUCUUACAGGGGAACUGUUUCUGUGACCAAAUCAGGGAAAACCUGCCAAAGCUGGGCAUCUCAAACUCCUCACACGCAUGACAGAUCUUCAGUGAACUACCCAUGCAAAGGUCUUGAAGAGAACUACUGCAGGAACGCUGAUAAGGAGAAAGCACCCUGGUGUUACACCACAGACCCUGAAACCCGCUGGGAAUACUGCAGUGUGCCCAGAUGUGAAGACCAAACUCAACCUGCUGCAGAAGAAUGUAUGCACUGCACCGGAGACGACUACAGAGGCAAGAUCUCCUUCACUGAGAGUGGAUACACCUGCCAACGCUGGGACUCUCAGACACCACACCAACAUAAUUACAGUCCCUCAAUUUUACCUGAUAGGAACUUGGAGGAGAACUAUUGCAGGAACCCUGCUGGUGAGCCCAGACCCUGGUGUUAUACCACGGACCCAUCUAAACGCUGGCAGUACUGCUUCAUUGCUCGAUGCACGACUGAACCCCCCACAAUUGUACCAGAGCUCACCUGUACAACUGGAGAUGGAAGCUCUUACAGGGGAACUGUUUCUGUGACCAAAUCAGGGAAAACCUGCCAAAGCUGGGCAUCUCAAACUCCUCACACGCAUGACAGAUCUUCAGUGAACUACCCAUGCAAAGGUCUUGAAGAGAACUACUGCAGGAACACUGAUAAGGAGAAAGCACCCUGGUGUUACACCACAGACCCUGAAACCCGCUGGGAAUACUGCAGUGUGCCCAAUUGUAGAGAUCAACCUGGGAGUCUGAAAUGCGGACAACCAGCAAUAGAACCUAAACUUUGCUUUGGGCAGCGAGUUGUUGGGGGAUGUAUUUCCAAACCCCACUCCUGGCCUUGGCAGAUCAGUCUUAGAAUCAGUCAUUGGUGUGGUGGAAGUCUGAUUAAUGCACAGUGGGUCCUAACCGCAGCCCAUUGCCUUGAGGGGUGAGUGGCCGUUUUUAUCUCCAAGAUCUUCCUUGGAAUCCACACAAAACGUGCAAAUGAACCGUCUAAACAGGAACGAGAUGUUUCUAAGAUUGUUAUGGGACCAUCUGGAACUGACAUUGCUCUUCUCAAGUUAGACAGGCCUGCAGUAAUAAAUGAUAAGGUGUCACUCGCUUGUCUACCAGAAAAGGACUACUUUGUACCACAUGGUACUGAAUGCUUUGUGACAGGCUGGGGAAAGACACAGGGAACUGGUGGAGAGGGUUACUUGAAAGAAGCCGGCAUCCCAGUGAUUGAAAAUAAAAUCUGCAACAGUCCAUCGUUGUUGGACGGCCGUGUGGAGGAGACAGAGAUGUGUGCUGGGGACAUAAAAGGAGGAAUAGACAGUUGUCAGGGUGACAGUGGCGGGCCUCUUGUCUGCAAAGCACAAAACAAGUUUGUUCUUCAGGGAGUGACAUCAUGGGGUAUUGGUUGUGCUAAUGCCAUGAAACCAGGGGUGUAUGUCCGCACCUCCAAGUUUGUCGAUUGGAUUGAACAAAGCAUGAAAGAAAACUAA